CACAAACCAUACCUAAGUACCUAAUAGCCUAACAGUGGCGCUUUUUCGAAUUUCACACCUUCCAUCCUUCCUGGCAUCGUCUACUAUCUCCUCAAUCCUUCUUUUCGUUCCCUCCACCUCAACCCUCAACCACCACCACCAACUACUGGCUCAAUUCCAGAAGCAAAUCUCGUCUUUACGAUUUGCUCUGGUCUUGGCCGUCCGCUCCUUUGAUAAUUCUUUCAAUUCCAUUAUUCAACCUCCUCUCUAUCAUUAUCUGGGUUGUUUUUGCAGGUUAAUCUGUCAAGAGGGAAACUAGAGCAACAGUACCAUUCACCGUUGCCUGAUUUCAACCAUCAGCGAGACAAUCAAUUCCGCCUCGCGCCAAUAACGAGGUACGACUUUGUUAUUGAGAGCCAAUUUGCUCGAUAGCCUAGCCGUCUUUACCGUUGUUGUUGGUAAGAAAACUGACCUUGAACCUGCUUCCUAGGCGUUUCCCCGGAUUCCGAUCUCGCGCAUCGCCAAAUUGUCAUGUCCAAAUAGUCUGUCAGAUCCCGACGUCUUCCGGCCGGUAUAAUACUCGGAAGAUACUCUAUGGUAUUCCUUCAUAUUUAAUUUCUCCGUUUGUUGCCGCGGAGCGGCUUGAUGGAAGAUGGCCACCGCAAUUGCCGCCAAUCGUCCGUCCGAAACCGUUAUGAUGAGCGAUAUGAACGACGUCGCCUCACCACGCCAGCUCCGUAUCACAGCGCCUCAAGAUGGCGACAGAAUCGAUCCGGAUGUUCCUAGUCCGCAGCCUUCUCCGCGCAUCAAUCUACCUUUGCCCCCGCCGAACCCACCUUUCGUUUUCCCGGCUCAACCGUCUUCCGCGCCUUCGUCUUUCUCUAGAGCCACCGGCCGACGACCUCAAUCAGCCAUAGAGAUUCCAGGGCGAGCUUCAGAUUUUUCUAGAGCGAGCAAUUCCCCGUCUCGAUCGCCUGGAUUACCGGAUUUUAGUUUCAACCCAGCCGCUAGUCUCAGCCCGAAUGUUGCGGACCAACCCUCUAGAUCUCCAGCACUACCGGAUUUCUCGUUCAACCCGGGCGCGGCUCUUGGCCCUGAUGAGUCGUUGCUUAGCCCUCCACUCUCGCCACAGUCGCCAAUGAUACCAAAUCGCAAUGGACAUCGACGAGGUGGAAGUGAGUUUGUAGGUGGCAAACUUAGGUCAGGGGGCUCAAUUACCGUUAUGAAUACGAGCCCAACAAGGUCUGAAAGCGGUUUUGCGUCACCUAAGUUGUCCCCAGCAGAUCCACCUCCGAGAAGGGGACACGCUCAUCGUCGAUCCGGCGCGAUCUCUAGCCAUGAUCUAACCAUGAUACUCAAGCCAAAUCCAACUUCGCUGAGGGGCAGUAGUGCGCCUACUAGUCCAGCCGAUGUUGAUGACAGAUUUCGAAAUUUCCCCGAUUCUAAAGCUGAGCCUACGAAGUCCGAGCCAGUUCCACAGCAGGCAAACGAGAAGGCCGUUCAGGAGACGGGUGCACAACAUACAUCGCAGUCGAAUCCGUCACCGACGUACGCCCCUCGUUCCCGUGUUGGGUUUUCCGACACACUUGAGUUCAUUCCGCGUCCGCUCUCCUUGGUUUCGACUGAUACGUCAAGCACCAUGACAGUUCGACCUGGCCACAAAGUCUCGGGAAGUAUCUCGUCUAUUAUUUCAGCGAACACAGCAGUCACGGAUCGUGACCCGCAGAGCCUGGUUGGGUCUCCUGCUUCUCGUGCAAAGAAUGAUUCGCGCCCCAGCACUGCAGGUGCUGUACUGGAACGUACCCCAAGCCUUCGUGUGCUCAAUGAAGACUCCACAUCACCUCGAAGACGAAAUUCGAUCCCAUUAUUAGAAGCACUUCCUAAGAGUGACACCGAGUCGCCCGCAAGUCCUAGUCCCUCGAAGACCCCUAGGAGAUGGUCGUUCUUCGGCUUGGAGCCUUUCUCAGCUGCUAGCUCGCCGACGAAGAUUAGGCCACUCAGUUCUAGUUCGUUCAAUACUGCGGAUAAGAACGCAAAACCAGCAGAUCUAUCAGCAGACUCCAAACACGAGGUAAAGCUGGACGAUGGAAAAUUUCGUUCAGAUGGCAAGAAGGUUUCGGGGAGGAAAAAGAGGCAGAAGAAGGUCAAGUCGUGGGCUGGUUCUAUUCUUACACGAAAGUCCAAAUUGCGACCUCAAAAAUCAAAACCAAUCCGCCGUCGUUCUCAAACUUCAACUCCCGAGAUUAGAGAUCGAGACGAUGAUCAUGCAGCGCCUGACGCUCCUGUAGCUCCUUUGGUUACAAUCACUGAGCCCGCUCAAUCGGAAACCGAUCCAGGCACUACAAAGCCUGUUCGAUCGUAUGACGAUGACACACCUUACCCCAUGAUUGAUCUAGACGCCGCUCUAGGUCCUUUCAACACUCCCUCCACCCGUGAUCCUCAGUGGGAAGAGGCUCAGAAGGCCGGUGCCCCACCAAAGCGCCAGCUCCACAGUGCCGCCGGCAUGAGAGGCUUCAGUGGUCCAGGAAUGCAUUAUCACCGCCGCGCUGAAAGUGCCCCCGAAAUGCCUCCUUUCGAAGCGGCGCGUUUUGGUAUACAUCGAUUCGGCAGCUCCUCGACCAUGGCCGAUGUAUUUGAGGAAGAUGAAGAAGACGAGGAAGAAGACCCAAAUGCCCAGACUCCGUCCGAAGAUUCGGGCAACGACGCCCGAGAUGGUUCUGCUGAUGAAUUCGAGUCCACGUCCAGUAGCGAGGAUGGUGCGGCUUCGACUCCUACGCAGGAACGUGAACCUAGUAAAGUUGGCCCAAAGGACGUUCUGCAAAAUCUUGCCUCGAUCAAGCGCAAGGGUAGUGGAUCGAGCCUGGAUAUGCAGCGGCCGGGAUCUCGAAUGAGAACUGAGAAUCUCAGCGGCCUUCGCGAGGAAAUCAUUGCGGAGGAGCCCAGCUAUGUUACUUUCAGGCGUGACUUCAACAUUCAGGCCGCUGCCUCAGAUGCCUCCAAUUCUGAAGCACCAUCUCCUCGUAUGAUUCCUAGCAACGAGUUGGAUCAACUUGAGUUGCAUCCAGUCGCAGUUCCUAGCUCCUCGACCACACCUAACACCCCAUUUUCGCCGGGUUACUCUUCUUCCUUCCCGUCACCUCGUUCGGCUAUGUCAUGCGACGCUAACAGAAUCUCAACUGCGCCAUCUUCGUUCACAGAUGAGAACAAUUACCAUGCACUGCUAAUGGGCGAACCUGGUCCUGAAUUGGUACGAAUCUCGGUUGACGUUCCGUCCCUGACGAGUAGCAAUUCAACUAUGACGCGAGAGAGUUCGUCAAUUCCCGGCGUUCGACCUAGGAACAUGCCUUUCCACGAUCAAAGGCCUGCUUCUUUGACAUCUGCGGCCUUCGGCCGCCGAAGGUCGAGCCUGGUUAGUCUUAGCCGGCUAAUCAGCAGUGCUCACGGAGAGCGAAGUAAACUAAGCAUGGAGGUCUCUUGCGAGUCUGAGCCAGAGAAGAAGCCCAAGGUCAGCAAAUCCAAGCGCCUUAGCAGGAUGAUGCAGUUUUUCAAGCCGAGAUCGGCGAGUCAAUCUUAGAAAGCAUCUCGACAUUCCUUUCUAGCUAGACAUUUCUAUCCAUACAUCCACACGCAAACCAGACACAGGCAAGGUAGACAAGAAGCAGCUAUCAGCUGGACUCCCACUCUAGUCUAUCAUUGACAACUCCGAUGAAGUUUAUGUAAUAUCACGCAUUUCCCGUUAACUGCACGAAGCCGAAUCUCUCCCAAACGGGGCGGCUCCUUGACGGCAUUUUAAGGGCCAUCUCGCUCACGACUCCUGUGCGGAUAUGAG